AUGUCCUUCUUCAAGAAGGCGCAGCAGCAGAUCGCCCACACCUCGACCGUGCCCGUCCUCGGCAACCAGGACUUGCGGGCGCUGCAGGAUGUCAUCUCGAGCGAAAAAGACUUUAUAAAGACCAACACCAGGGCCGCAUCCGACUAUAAGAAGAACGCAGAGGCCAUCAAGGCGUGGUCCGUCGAGGAGGGGCCCGACCUCAAUGAUGUGCUGGGCAAGUUCUCGGUCCUGAUGGACAACUACACCACCUCGCAAAACCGCUUCAACACCCACCUCGCCACCGUCCGCCUGCACUUCAAGUCGAUCCGCACCCGCGAAGAGGCGCUCGCCGACUUAAAGUCGCGCAAGCGCUCGCUCGGAUCCAGCAUCGAGAGGGUCGAGAAGAAGCUCUCCAAGAUGGGUCCCGAGAACAAGGAGCUGAUGAAGGUCACCACCCAGCUCCGCGAAAUGCGGACCGAGAUGGACUCCCUCCGCAUCGAGGUCAUGGAGGAGGAGGCCGCCAUCGGCGACUUUAAGCGGCGGACGACAAAGGAGGCACUCAGCAUCAAGUGCGGCGGCCUCCUCGAGAUGGCAGAGAAGCUGACCAUCAUGGCCGAGAUCGGCAAGCUCAUGCUCGGCGAGAUCCCGCUCGCCACGACAAAGGCUGGCAUGCCCCGCGCAGAGUACUACGGCUUCGCCAAGACUGAGCAGCUCCUGCAGGAGGCGACGCGCAGCAUCGCAGACGUCGGCUUCUCCCCCGUGGGGCCUUCGCCAGGGAUCCCGCGCUACGGCAACGAGGCUCGUGAGACAGACCUUGCCGGACUCGAGUCGCCCGCCACCCACCACGACGAGGGUUACAACCCCUUCGGCGCCGCCGCCGCCGACGUCUCGCGGACGCAGGGUUCCAUGGCACCCUCGAUGGCUCCGGGAGACGUGGCCAGCACGCCCAUCUACGCCACCCACGCCUCCACCAGCCGCUGGAACGCAGACGUCCAAGCUUCGACCUUUGACUCGAACGGACUGCACGACCCGGCGGCGGACGAGUGGGGACAGAACACGAGGGAACAUCACGAGGGAUCCGCGGCGAACCACAGCGGCGAGAACGGCUACGAUGCGCACAGGUCAGAGCACCAUCCGGACGCGGCGUACGACGGCUUCAUGAUGCAGAGCAGCGGAUCGGCCCAAGGCGCAGCGCCACCGCAGGCGCAGGCCGGGUCGCCGCACCAGAGCGUCGGGAACCAUCAGCACGCCGGUGACCAGGACUCUCUCUACGCCACCAGUCGAAGGGUGUCGGCGGAGGCUCCGCAACGACGCGGGACCCACGACACCAACGAGGGCCACGUUGACCACAAUACCGGCAUCGCGGAUGUCGCCGCUACCGAGACGACCGCCGCCCCGCACAUGGCGCAGUCUCAAAGCAGCGCGGGGUACCCAGGCCUGGGUGCGCCAAUGCUGCCGCCGCUCCGCACAUCCACGCCGCUCCCCUCGGAUAACCUCGACGCUGCCGUCACUGUCGCCAGCCCGGUGCCCGCAACCUUCGGAGCUGCUGCGUCCUCGUACGAUGUGGCACCUACGACCAAUGCCGCUGGCGAUUCGAACUACUUCCAGUCCGUAGGAGGCACGCGAGCCCAUCAGGAGGCCUUCCGCCGUCCAACCUCGUCGAGCGGAUCGGCAAUGGGUCCCGGGUCCCGGGCGUCGACGUACGGGUCUCUGGCGGCCGGCGCGGUCGGUGCUGGCACGCCAGACGGAGGGAAGAAGGUGACGGCCGCCGCUUUCCGUCGUGGCUUCAACCGGGCGCCUAGCGCUCAGGCGCUGCCCGCCCCUCCCGCGCAGGUUGGUCACGAGAACACCGGUGCAACGACCCCCGUGCCGCCAGGCGGUUACACCGGUUUCGACUCGGCGCCCGGUGGUGGAGCGACGCCCGAGAACGAGUACCCGUCGUCGUCGUCGACGCAGCCGCUCCACAUCCAGAAGCGCAACUCUGCGAUUGGCGCGGCAGCAGCUGCGGGCGCACCUGCCGACCUGUCCGGACGUCGGUACUCGAUCGAAGACGUGAGCGGUUCAGAUGCGCCUGCGCCGCCGUAUGGAUACCACGGCAAUGGGGGCAACGACGGCCACGAAGCGCCAGGGCCGCACACUGGCGUCUACGGAGGGCAUGGUGGCAACCAGGCCCCAUUGCCCGCGCCUCCGGCCACGUACGGUGCCUACGCCUCACCAACAGCGCCGCCGCCGCCGAUGUAUGGCAACAACUGA